GACACGUGAGGACAUAGUACUGGUGGUGAGGUGGCAACACCUCAGUGCUCCUCGGAGCGUGCGACGGGACGGACGGGACAGAGCGGUGCUGUGCGGAGCCCCCGUGCAGCCAACUCGUUCCUUUCUGACCGGAGCGUUUUGGAGGUUUUUCUCUCUUUCAGGUGCCCUCGAGGCCAGACUGCAGGAUUGGGGACCCGGAAAUUUUCCGGAGUCUCCAAUCCCUGCGGUAGGUGGCCUCGAGGGCAGCCUGCCGGACUUGGUGACCCGGAGAUCUUCCGAGGUGUCUCUCUCUUGCAGGUGCCUUCAAGAGGCAGACUGUGGGAUGGCGGGAAGACGCCUGAGCCUGCUCAGGCCCUUUCGGAAGAAGAAGGAAGGCCCUGGAGCUGCCCCAUCCCAGCACCUGGAGAAUAUGGAGCAGCUGCAUCCCCUGCAGGAAGAUCCAGGCCGGGACCAGAGACAAGAACAGGACCGUGCCCGUGGCCGCUUCCGCAGGGCAGCACAGGCCUUCCUGAAAUUCUUGGGCAUUCGGCGUAAAAGGACCACAACCAGACCAACUGAGGUCAUGGCACAGCCUGACCCCAGCCUGACUGAGCUCGAGGCGGACCCUGAUGUCACCACCACACUGACUGAUGACACAGGAAACUGUGAUACCCCGACAAUUGUUCACGCAGCAAAGUCUGACCCUACUAUGACUGAUGCUACAGCAGACCCUGACAGCCCAUCCAUCGAUCGCACUGCAAUCCCUGACAUCCUGUUCAGCGAUGAACCCACAAACUCUGGAGCUGCACCACCCGAUCUCACUGUGGAGGCCGACACUGCAAUGACCGAGGGCACUGCAGACACUGACCUCGUGCCCAGGGAGAGUGUGAAUUAUGCUCCCACUACAGAUAUUUUUGAGGAGAAUGGUGUCUCCAGUCCAGAGCAAGUGCCAGCCUUCGUCAGGAAUGUGCACCAGAGAAUGACAGCCAACGCGACUCCAGAAGAGAAGCUGCUGACGGAGUUUCUGAGGGUGACUGAUGAACACCCUGGUGAUGUUGUGUUCACCCUCCUGCGCUGUGCCCCAUCGUGUGACAGAGCUGCUGCAACCCUGUGGAAGAUCAUCGCCUCAUCGGGAAGGACAGUGGUGAAGGUGCUGCCAAAGCUGCUCCGUGUGAUGGAGAACUGGCCAUGGCUCAGCAUGCCCACCUCCGACGGGGACAAAACAGAUGUCUUUGCCCUGGCUGCAACCAGGGUGAUUUGGGAGAUUCUCCAGAUACUCCAGCACCCAGAGCCAUUGAAAAUGUAUUCCCCCCGCCUCCUCGCGGAUCUGCUCUUCCAGACUUCCAUCAGCCCAGAGCAGACGCCAGAGGAAGUUGACACCUUGUGGAGGGAAUGCCAGAAACAAUGCGACCUUCCAACAGACUCCAAGAGGUUUGCAGUGCUGACCCUGAAGGCCCUGCUUUGUCAUCUGGAGUGUGAAGAUGUCGUGCUUUCAAUGGAACAGAAGCGCGGCUGGGACACGCUCCUCAGCGCCGACACCCACCACUACGCAGUGGGUCUGCUGGCCAGGGAGAUGCGCCGUGCCUCGAGCCCCUUGUAUUACCCGAUUGCCCUCUGCCUGCUGAGGCUGCUCACCAAGAAGAAGCCCUGCUGGGAGCUCCCUGCCAUGGCAUUCCUUGUGGAGGUCCUGGACUACCCGGACAUGACUGAAUGGAGUGACAUCGUCCUGGAGAUCCUUUCCAGGCACCUGUGGAGCCAGUGCACAGAGAUGCGUCGCCUGGUGCUGAGAAGCCUGGUGGUGCUAAGCAAGGAUCCUGGGAUGGCUGACGGCAUAGAGAGGCUGACACCAAGCCUCAUGGAAGUACUGUGGGAUACAGACAGAGAGCUGGUCAGGAUGGCCCUCUCUGUAUUCAUCAAUGAAGUCCAGGACAGAGACAUCCGAAUCUCCACCCUCACUGCCCUGCAGCUGGCUGAGAUGCUCCAGCCACUCUUUGGCUACGACAACAUCCACGUGCAGGUGCUCUCCAUUAACCUCUUCCAAAAGGUGAUGGAGUUGGGAGUGGAGGAGAGUAAACAACCCCUGAAGACACAUGUCAUCUACAGCCUGCUCCCACUUUUUUUCCACUGGCAUAAUGAGAACCAGGACGUGGCAGAAGCCUCUCGGGGAGCGCUGCUUCGUGCAGCAGGGUUGCUGAAGAGGAGGGAUCUCGUGAAGCUGCUGGAGACAGAAGAGCCUUGGAGGUUCAGUGAGUGCCUGCUGGAAAAGGACAAGAGAAGAGCAGUUGAGUACCUGUGCCAGGCCCUGCCAUACCUGGAGAGCCCACAGGAGCCCGUGCGAGAGGCGGCCCUCAGGUUCAUUGGGAUGGCCGGCAGGUACCUGAAGGGACAGCGGGUAGAGCUGCAGAUUGUCAUUGACGUUAUUGAAGGCAUGACUCCCGACAGCGCUGCUGUCAAAAGCCUGGCACUUCAAACCCAGGAAAUCCUUAGACUUGUCCAGAGACUUCAGCCUUCUCCAGGUUCCAGCAGUUUGAACAUCAGGUCCAGAAUGCACAGAAUAGGGAGGCUCCUCUCUGGGGCAGCUGCCAGAGGUCAGCGGAGAACUGAUCCUGGGAACCCUGUCUGAUGGGACCACCUGAGCCUGCGCGACACACCCCUCUCUGCAACCAGUUCCUGUUCCCCCAGCUUGAGACUAUGAAAUUCCUCUCAGCAUACA